CCUUUAAAAUACUUGUCACUUAAAAAAUAUAUUUUACAAUAUUCGAGAAAUGACAGUGCUAAAUUUCAAGUGUACAAAAUGAUGUGUAAUAGUUUUCUCCAGAACACGCUCGACGCCAUGGAACAACUAGAGAUGGCAUUCGAGCAAUCGUUGCGAGCUAUCGAUAACAUCAGUCAUCGAUAUCAGCUGGUCUCUAAUCUCAAGAGCAAAGCCGACAUUCGGCAACAAUCGUACGAAGCGGAAAUCAUGGCUGCCAUCACAGAACCCACAUUCACCAAGAUUUCGGAACCAAAGAAAUGCAAGAAACGCAAGAAGCUAAAGAGAAGCAUCAAAAAGAAAUACAGAACUGAAGAAUCGCAGACAGAUCCGAUCGAUAUUGAAGAGGAAGAAUUUGCAAAUAACUGCAUCUGUAAAUAUGAAAAUAAAGCAGACUUCGAUAGUGAUUCCUGCGAUCUGGAUGAGGACAUGGAAGACUUUUCAAGCACCUGGCACAACACAAAUUGGGAUUAUUCCGAUGAGAAAGAGAAGCUUUGUCCUGGCAUAAGUCAUUAUUGUUCCUUCUGUCAAUGCGAAACUGUUUGUUUCCACUUGGAUUCUUGAACGUAGAACGAUUUUUGUGUUAUCGUAAAUCAUUAAAUUAAACAAGUUGAUAUAAUAGUGAAAGCAA